GAGGGGCCGCUUGGAGCUCGUGCAGGGUCUCCGGUCCAGGGCGCGGCAUGGGCGUCCUGGCCGCAGCGGCGCGCUGCCUGGUCCGGGGCGCGGACCGGAUAAGCAAGUGGACGAGCAAGCGGGGCCCGCGCAGCUUCAAGGGCCGCAAGGGCCGGGGCGCCAAGGGCACCGGCUUCCUCACCUCGGGCUGGAGGUUCGUGCAGAUCAAGGAGAUGGUCCCGGAGUUCGUCGUCCCGGCUCUGACCUGCUUCAAGCUCAAGCUCUACGUGAGCUACCGCGUCCCUGAGAGCGAGGAGACGUCUCUGACGGCAGCGCAGCUCUUCAGCGAAGCCGUGGCGCGUGCCAUCGAAAAGGACUUCAAAGACGGUACCUUCGACCCUGACAACCUGGAAAAGUGCGGCUUCGAGCCCACACAGGAGGGCAAGCUCUUCCAGCUGUACCCCAGGAACUUCCUGCGCUGGCGGGGCGGGGGAGGGGCGGCCUGCCAUCAUCUCAUUUCUAUUAAACGCCUUUGCCAGCUAAAAAAAAAAAAAAAAAAAAUUAAGAGAUUUUUUUUUUAA